GUCGGUCCGGGGAGGAGUGUUGUUAAUUUAUGUCUCCCGGAGACAGGCCGCGGAUGAGUCGGUGUCUGGUGGUGACUGGAAGUGGGUAGGCGGAAAAAUUAUCCCGAACACCCAGGGCUAUUGGAAGAGGAAGAUUUGAUGUCAAGAAAAUCAAACCAAAAUUGUUCUCUCGAUCCACUGGGACCUGAACAUUCGCAAACCUGAAGGGAGUUAGUUCAACCAGAGAGGCUUCUCCUGCAGCUGGAAGGGAUUGACCCAGGUGGCAAACAUGCUGACACGCCAGAGAGCUCGCAACAGUGAGAAGCUGUUCGUCUGCUCUGUGUGUGGGAAGAGCUUCAGCUGUUCGUCCAACCUGCGGGCACACCAACUUGAUCACAUUGAGAGGCAUCUUCAACGCUCUACCUCUGGAAACAGCAUUGAAUCCUCCAAGGGAACAGUUCAAAAUCAGACUGACGAGAGGCCGUUCAGUUGCUCCCACUGUGGGAAGAGGUUUAGUCUGUCUUCCCGUCUUGGCGAGCACCAGCUCAUUCACGUUCAUGAGAGACCGUUCAGCUGUUCUCAUUGUGGGGAAGUUUUCAGUGGGCCAGAGCAUCUCGCUGAGCACCAGCAAGUUCACACCAAGGACAGGCCAUUCAGCUGCUCCCACUGUGGAAAGAGAUUCACUCAGUCUUCCCACUGCAUUGACCACCAACUAGUUCAUUCAGCUAAGAGACCUUUUAAAUGUUCUAAAUGUGAGAAGACCUUUAAAAGAAAAAUUCAUCUGCUGAACCAUCAGACCACGCACAUCAAGGAGAGAUUGUUUUUCUGCUGUGUGUGUGAGAAGAGAUUCAUUCAUCCGUUUCACCUCCUGACACACAAACGGAUUCACACUGGGGAGAAGCCAUUCGGCUGCUCUCUGUGUGGGAAGGGGUUCACUCGGGCAUCUGACCUUUCGAUACACAAGCGUGUUCACACUGGGGAGAAGCCAUUUUCGUGCUCACAGUGUGGCAAGGGAUUCACUCGUUCAACCUACCUUUUGAUGCACAAACGUGUUCAUACUGGAGAGAGGCCAUUUUCUUGCUCACUGUGUGGGAAGAAAUUCAGUCAGUCAUCUAUCCUGAUAACACAUCAGAGGGUUCACACUGGAGAGAGGCCAUUCACCUGCUCUGUGUGUGGGAAGAGUUUCCCUCGGAUGUGUCACCUUUUGAUACACAAGCGUGUUCACACUGGGGAGAAGCCUUAUGUUUGUGGUAUUUGUGGGAAGGGGUUUACUUGUUUCCACCACCUGCAGAAACACCGUCCUAUUCAUACUAGGGAGAGGGUGUUCACUUGCUCCACAUGUGGAAAGGCAUUCACUCUGUUGUCCAGAUUGAAGAGACACCAUCACAUUCACGCUGGGGAGAAGCGGUUCGCCUGCCCUGUGUGUGAAAAGAAAUUUACUCAGUCAAGUGAUCUGGAGAGACACCAGCAAGUCCACAACAGGAAGAAGCUGCUCACCUGCCCUGUGUGUGGGAGGAAAUUCUCUCAGUUAGCUAAGUUCAAAGCACAUCAGUGCAUUCACACUGGGGAGAAGCCAUUCCUCUGCUCUGUGUGUGGGAAGCGUUUCCCUCGUUUGCCCUACCUGAACAUACACGAGCGAGUUCAUACUGGGGAGAGGCCGUUCACCUGUCCCAAGUGUGGUCAGGGGUUUGUUUAUUCAUCCCACCUUGUGAGACAUCAGCGUAGUCACACGGGGGAGAGGCCAUUCAAAUGCGCUGCUUGUGGGAAGGGUUUCAUUGAUCCAUCCCACCUGCAGAGACACUAUAGAGUUCACGCCAGGGAGAGUCAGCUCACCUGCUCUUUGUGCAAUCAGAGAUUUACCCGGCCUUCUAGCCUGCUGAAACACAAACAAAUUCAUGUGUUUGAAGCAGAGCUAGAUUCGGUUCUUGCUGCUGUGAGACAGAUGAAGGACUGAACCUUUUUUUUUUGUUUUGUUUUGAAUUCUACAUUAUUUUAGUUCUUGUCCCUUCAGUUACUCACACCAAAACAUUUCAGCUCCCAAUAUCUCCCAGGAUGACUCUGCUAAUGUUGGUAUCCAAGGAAUGUAACAGUAAUGCUUUUAGGGAACACCAUAAAUCCCCAGCCUAUACAUCACAUUUACUGGACAUUGUAUGUGUGUGAGUCACAAUAUCUGUCACCUUGAAUCUGUGAAACCAGGUUCUCUAUUCAAUGUAAGUCAACUCAGUGUAUUGAAGAAAGAUAUGCACGGUGCUGACACUUUAAGCUUUCUAUUUGCUUCUGUGUUGCUCUGAGUUUUCCUAAGCUCGAAGCAUAUCGGCGAGUUCACACUUGCUCUGUGUGUGGGAAGUGUUUCUCUCGAUCGCCUGACCUUUAGAUACACAAGCAAGUUCACACUGGGGCUGAUCACCUAUCCCGUGUGAGAUCAGGGGUUUGUUAAUUCGUCCCAUCUUAUGAGCAGUGUCUGAACUUAAGUCCCACUGUAAUGUUUGCUCUUCUGAACUGUGUAUAUUAAUGGGGCUGCCAUCCAACGUUGAGAGUUGUGGGCCUUCAAAGACCGCAAGAAAUAGGAAUCAGAGUACAGCCGUUCAAAUCCCUCAAUUCUUCACCACCAUUCAUUGGGAGUGUGACUGAUUCAAAAUUCCUCAUGACCACUUUCAUGUGUUUUCUUUUUACUCUUGGCUGAGAUAGUCAGAAUAAACAUAGGACUCUACUCCCAUCGCUCUUUGUGGCAAUGAGUUCCAAAGACACUCAACUCUAAUACAAGAAAUUUUUUCUUUUCUCAGUCUGAAAUUGACACCCCUAUAUUCUGAGACUCUGCCCUGUCUGUCCUGGACUCCAGUUAAGGGGAAGUAUCCUCUCAGCUCUUUAAGAAUCCUAUCUGUCUCAAUGAGCACCUCUAAUUCUUCUGAAAUCUAGUGAGUACAGACCCAACCUGUUUCACUUCACUUUUGUUCAUAAGACAAUCCUGUUUAUACCAGGGAUCACCCUUGUGAAUUUUCUUUGAACUGCCUCCAACAAAAUAAUAUCUUUCCUUCAAAUAUGGGGUCUAAAAUUGCUCACAGCACUCCAAAUAUGGUAUUUCAAAAUGAACACGUUAAAUGUUUUUCUCACAUCAUACCCCAUUUGCCAACUUACUUAAAUCAAUAUAUUUUUGUAAGCUUCCUGUUUAUUCAUUCUCGGGAUGUGG